AUGGCUCGUAUUCACUAUUCACAAAGUUAUGAUGACACUGUUAAUGAUAAGGGCAUCCAAUGUGAAAUAGGUAAUGAAAUUUACCGUUGUCAAGAUAGUGCAGGUGAUUAUGAUAAGUCGUUCAACUAUUUGUCGGAUGAAAAUAGCUCCUCUGAAGAUGAUACAGAUGUAAAAUUUAAAAAUAAUGAAAGUAUGAUAGAUAUAAGUACAAAUGCAUGUUUUAUAGUAUUUUGGGAAAGUCUUUUAAUUUUAUUCAAAUCUUGUAAUAUAUGUUCUGGUAAAAUAAUAAAACUUAAACACUUCGUCCAAGGUGCAUUUUUAUCGGUCAAUACGAUUUGUGAAGAAGGUCAUUUAUACCAAUGGAGCUCACAAAAUAAAAAUGGAACACGUCCCGAGGGAAAUAUUUUAAUAGGUGCAUCUUUGACGCUAUCUGGUAUUUUAUUUGCGCAAAUGACAGUUUUUUGUGAAACAUUAAAACUUGCAUUUUUUUCUCGUACUUCAUAUGAUAAAAUAAUUCGAAAUUAUACAGAACCUGUGAUAAACGUAAUAUGGAGUGAACAUAAAAAAUUAAAUUUGCACGAGUUAAAGAGUUCAGAUAAAAUUUGGGUAGCAGGUGAUGGACAAUUUGAUUCUCCAGGGUUUUGUGCGAAAUAUUGUAUUUAUACAUUAAUGGACUUGAAUAGUAGUAAAAUUAUUGAUUUCAAGCUUGUCCAAAAAGGAAUGGUAAAAGGAGAUUUAGAACGUAAAGCUUGCGAAAUGUUACUCGAAGAAAUGGUAGAACAAGGCUGUAAAAUUGAUUUAUUCCUAACUGAUAGGCACAAAGGAAUUCGAUAUGAUAUUCGCACUAAAUUUCCGGAAAUUCAACACGAGUUUGAUAUCUGGCAUUUAUCAAAGAGUUUGAUGAAAAGAAUGAAAAUAUUGGAUAAAAAAUACCCCGAUGCUUAUCUGUGGAAAACAAGCAUAAAUAAUCAUUUAUGGUGGUCAUCUAAAACAUGUAAAGAGGAUGGUUCAUUACUUACACAAAAAUUUUCAUCAGUUCUUCAACACAUAAGUAAUAUACAUGAGUGGGAAGAAGAUGGAAUUAUAAAAAAAUGUGAACAUGAUACAUUGAGCGAAGAGUAUACAAAUAAUACAUUAUGGAUACGUCCAGAUAGCGAGUCCUACAAUGCUCUAAAAAAAAUUUUAUUGGCAAAAGAUUUUCUAAAAGAUCUCCAACAUGCCAAACAUUUUGUACACACAGGACGUUUAGAAUCAUAUCAUAACGUCAGAUUAAAAUACAUGCCUAAAAGGAUUCAUUUAAAGUACAGUGACCCGUCCCCAAUCACGCUCAAACCUUACCCAUAUUCAUAUCAGAAACAACCUACUAUCGACGAUAUGGUGCGUGAUAUGGAACUCCAGGGCCUCGUUGAACCUAGCACCUCGUUGUGGGCCGCACCAGUUGUAUGGACAAAGAAAAAAGACGGAUCAUUUCGUCUCUGUGUCGACUACAGGCGGCUUAACGAAGUGACGGAAUCCGACGCGUACCCUGUGCCAUAUAUCAACAAAAUGAUUAGGCAAAUGUGA